AUGGAGGGUGGCUGCCUGGCCCGGGAGACUGGGAGGCGGCGCAGUGGCAAAGGUCGCUUUAAGGUCGGCCCCGGCCCGAAUCCCGGAGGGGAGGGUACCGAGGCUGAGUGGAGCCAGUCAGUGCCCGAGGCGGGUCCUCGCUCCCGCGAGCCCAGUUCGGCGCGCUUAGCCGGGGGCCGAGGAGCCUCCCUCUGGGGUGACUGCUGCGCGCCCGAACUCGCCCCUAAGGAACAGAAAUCUGGCUGCCUCCCUUCCCUUUCUGGUGUGUGGAGGCCAGUGCCUUUACCUCUCCCAAGCCCCAAGAGCCUUGUGGCUCGGGCCCCUGCUUCUCUUCCAGGCAAAUGGGACGCUGACAGAGCUCCCCGUCUCUCCUUGCUUUCUCCUCCAGCCUUUGCCCCUGCUCCCCAGCCCCUGAACGCCCUUGUUCAAGACCCUCCCGGCUCCUUGAGCGGCCCCACGGUCCAGGAGAAUAAGGUGGACCAGAGCAAGGGCAAGAAGCAGAAGACCCGGACGACAUUCACGCAGGAACAGCUGAACUUGCUCCGGAACGACUUUGCGGUGUCCAGAUACAUCACUCCGCAGAGAGGACGCCAGCUGGCCCAGCUCUUAGGGCUUAGUUACAAACAGGUUAAAACUUGGUUCCAGAACCAGAGACUCAAAGCAAAGAGGCCACAGAUGGUCCCUGCGUCCUCACUGCAUGACCCCAGGCUACCCCAGCUGGGACCGGCCGUUGGACCACAAGGCUUCAACCUCCCCUCUUCAUUUCCCAUGGACCCUGUAAACAAUCACCCCAGGAACUAUUCGGGAUGGAGUGACCAGACUCCCGAAGGCUGGCUCCCGAACUACGGAGAGGCGGCCUCCCCUUAUCUGGAUGGCCUUCCGACACCCCUACACUACCCGCCGGCGGCGCCCAUGGGGCACGGCGGCUGGAGCUGCCCCGUGGGGCCACAGACCAGUGCGGGCGCUUGUGGCCCUCUGGGUGUGCAGAGGCAACUGGCGCCCCUCCCCAGUGCCUCUGAGGCCGGCUCUGCUUACAGGCCAGCCCCGGGUGGCGGUGGCGUCCCCCUGGAGCCAUCCUACCCGAUGGGGGGCCCGGUCCUGUCUACCCCGUGAGCCGGCCUUUUCUCGGAGAGCUUCUCUCCACAGACUUUUUCUUCCUUCCCGAGGGCACUUUUUGG